UCAACAUGGCGCCGGACAAAAGGCGAAUCUGUCUGACGGUGGAUUGAAACGAUUGAAACCCAAUUAGGAACAGAGGAGACAUUUUGGGAAAACUGUCAGCGUCCGUGUGUUUCGGCGCCCCAAGGCGACAGAUAUAUGGUAAAAUAAACACCAGUGGAGGCUCUUAGACUGGGAUAUUAAGGAUGUUCCAGCAGUGCGAGGAGCCUCGUUUCACCAUCGAGCAGAUUGACCUCCUCCAGAGGCUAAGGAGGACAGGGAUCACCCAGGCGGAGGUCCUCCAUGCCCUGGACACCCUGGACCACCUGGAUCGCCAACAUGGACACAAGUUGGCCCAUAAACCUUCCUACCUGCCUCCCAUGUCUUCCAUGUCUUCCUCCAGUACCGCCGCCGCCUCUUCCUCCAUGAUGUCCACCGCCACUCAGACAACUUUCCCCGACAACCGACUCACGCUGUCACCUAAUAACACCUUUGACACCACCUCCCCACUGCUCCCGGUUACAGUAGCCUCACCUGUCGCCAUGGCAGCAGUAGCCCAGAAUGGUCUAGUUGCCGUCACCAAUGGGAAGCUGUCACCGCCGCGGUUUCCUCUUGGUGUGGUUAGCGGUGGCGUGGCGGGACCAGGAUAUGGGUUUGAGACCAGCGAAGAAGACAUAGACGUUGACGACAAGGUGGAGGACUUGAUGAGAAGAGACAGUGCUGUGAUCAAAGAGGAGAUAAAGUCCUUCCUGGCCAACAGGCGGAUCUCCCAGGCUGUGGUUGCUCAGGUAACGGGGAUCAGUCAGAGUCGGAUCUCCCACUGGCUCCUACAGCAGGGGUCGGACCUCAGCGAACAGAAGAAACGAGCCUUCUUCCGCUGGUACCAGCUGGAGAAGACCAACCCUGGUGCCACUCUGGCCAUGAGAGCUGCCCCAUUGGCUCUGGAGGACGUGAUGGACUGGCACCAAGCCCCGCCCCAAUUUGGCCCCGCUCCCGGGGGCUUCCGCCUGCGACGAGGGAGCAGAUUCACCUGGAGGAAGGAGUGUCUGGCUGUUAUGGAGAGCUACUUUAGUGAUAACCAAUACCCUGAUGAAGCGAAGAGAGAGGAGAUUGCCACUGCCUGCAAUGCCGUCAUUCAGAAACCAGGAAAGAAGCUGUCUGAUUUGGAGAGGGUCACAUCUCUGAAGGUCUACAACUGGUUUGCCAACCGCCGCAAAGAUAUCAAGAGGCGUGCCAACAUCGAAGCAGCCAUCUUGGAGAGCCACGGUAUCGAGGUUCAGAGUCCAGGCGGUCAGUCCAACAGUGAUGAAGUGGAUGGCAACGACUUCCCUGACCAGGGUUGUGAGGUGACCUUAUUUGACAAAAGAGCUUCAGCCAGGCCGUUUGGUUUCAGUCGAGCUGACCUGUCCUCUCCAACCCAGGUCCCCACGCUGCUCCCCAGCUGGUUUUCUGCCCUGGGCAGAGGAGGCUUGUCUGGACAACGGGGCACUUCUUUGAUUGGCCGCUCCCUGGUGUCAGUGGCGGGUCCUCAGGCAGAAGGUUCCAGAUUGACGGGCGUGUCCUGGUCCCCCCCCUCCCCAUCCCUCCAGGACGAACCCACCAUUCACAGCGCGCUGUCCGAGUCCCAGGACCCAAUCGGUUUGGAGAAGGCGGCUGUCAGUCACACCAACCAAGCCAAUCAGGUGGACGAGGCAGGGUGCAGUUUGGGGAAUGACAUCAAGACGGAAACGCUGGAGGAUGACUGAAGGGGCGGUGGAUAUUGGAGUUGUCAGAGUGAUGAAUGAACAGGAUCAGAGGUGUGUUAAUAUGCAAGCAGAUUUUAUAGCAAUGUAACAAGUGGAAAAAAAAAAAAAGACCAAAAGUCGUGUAAACUCCAACCCUGAGAUACCUCCCAACCCUACCUCCAACCACCAACCUGCUCUGCUACGCUCUUAUAGGCAUUACUAGUAUAUUAUAAUAAUGCUAAUAAUAAUAAUGAUAGUUUAAUUUGUUUCCAGUGCUCCCCAGCAGACUGUCUAACAGGACAUGAUGCAUUGUGCAGAUUUCAUUGGAAACUGCAUUUUCACAGCAGGACAACACUGUAUUUGACGCGGGGUUCAAAUAGUUUCAGGGUCUUGCACUGUGAUCACAACACAACUGAACAGCCUCAAAUAUAAUACAUGAAUUUAGAAAGUGAUUGUUUUAAAAAAAAAAAAAAAAAAAAUGUAGCACAUUUCAUCAUGGUCAAUUUAUAUUUCAAAUUUUAUUUUUGCUGUUGAUUUCCUCCAGUGAGAAGAACAGCAGAAUAAGCUUAGGUUAUUUUUUUUUUGUUUGUUUUAACAAAAAUUGAGGUUCACAGCAAGUCGGUAAUAUUCCUGUGACCUCAUAAUGAUGAAAAAAAUGUACAAUAAAGAAAAAUAGACCGAUCCACUCCUCCCUCCCUGCCCUGAUAAAAUAAGCUCAAUAUAUGGAAGCAAAGAAAGGCCAAAAUAAUUGAAAGCAGCUGAGUACCUAAUUGUGAAAUUUAAUCAUCAGUGAAUACUUGAUGUUGAAAUUUAAAUACCACUGACGUUACUGCACUGAAAUAUUUGAAAACCAUCUAUCUGAAUUUGCGUGAUUGAAGUCGUCUUUUAAAUUUCCAGAAAACAAUAUCAAGUUUUAUGAUUUCAACCUUUUUUUGUUUUGUUUUUAGGGGUCACAAAUUCGCAUAGAAAACUCAACUGUUUGGGGUUUUCAGUCACUCAUCUGAACUCUUUCUUGAUUAAUGUGACUGACGUCACCUUAUCGAUUCCAUUGAGGAUCAAUAGUUUAUUGUAGGCAGCCUGAAUAUUCAAGUUUGAUUCUUUCAUAUUGAAUUUUGGUGUCUGAAUGUCAUCAAUCAAACAUGAGCUUGAUUUUUUUCACUUCCCAAGUUUUGCAUCCAAAGCUAGAUUGAUGUAGUUGGUUGAAUAUCGGACUCCGGAAUUUGUUUAUGAACCCUUAAAAAAAAAACAACAAAACUUAAAAUUGAUUUUUUUUUAAAAAAAUGUUUUGUAUUGCACAGCUUGAAAUUUCAAUGGGAGGAGUUUAAACCCAUAAACAGAUGUUUUUCAGAGUGAAAUAUAUCCAUGCUCUAAAUUCAGUUGGUAAUUCAGUUUCAACAAUAAGUACUCAGUAGAGAUUAUUAUUGAUUAAUCAUUGAGGGCUGGCCCUCAUUGACAAUGAAGAUUAAAAGAUCCAAAUACUUUCAGCCUUUCAUUGCCUCCAUAUUAAUAACAAGUAAUAAAAAAAGUUACUGAAUACAUAACUAUUGAAGGUAGCCAAAACUGUGGGCAGAUUUUGUAUAGAAAUUAGAAACUUGGACGUCCAGGUCUUACCUAAUGGGUGAUCAGGGAGACCGACUGAUCACUGUGAGUGAUCUCUAUCAAUACAGAUCAGUCAGCUUGGAGGAAAUCAAUGGUGUAAUAAAGAUACUACAGAUAAGUGUAAAGUGAAUACAUACAUAUACUACACGUGUAUGUAUGCAUACACACAUAUACAUACAGUAUAUUAUAUAGACUGUGAGGGUAUAUAUAUGUACCCUAAUUAAUUUCUAUUUACAGUAUAUAGACUGUAGACCAUAUUAGCUUCAAAUGAGAGACAAAGAAACAAAUAUCAGUACGAGUCUUCAUUGGUGGUGAAAGGUGAGUGAAGCAUUAGCCAAAGUAUUAAGUUUAAAUUUUGUGUAUUUUCUGAGUGUAUGAUAGUCACGGAUGGAACUAUAUAUUAAAGAUAUGCUAAUCAAAGACACAUCAGAUGUGUCAAAUUGUUGCAAGCAAAAUGCAUCUUUUUGCUUUUUAGGUAUAUCUGUUUUGUGCUUGAUAUGCCAUGUGUUGUAAACACAUAGCCUACUGUCAUGUUUCAAUAGUAUUUUCAUUUUAAAUGACACUUUAUUGGAUCAAUAUCAUGGUGCUUUGAGUCCCUGCUGUUUCAGCAUUUCAUUAAUUAGUAAAACUGAGGCAGUAAGAAGAGAAACAUAUUUGGGAAACUGAUGUUUUCCCCAACAGCUGAUAGUUCACAUUUAGUGAGUGAGUUGGAUCCUCUUUAAACGUAGCGACGAGUGAUCAUUAAUUUGAUCACACUACUCAAAUCAGAAAUAUUGUCUCAGUACAGCCAUUGUAGAAUUCCUGCAUUUCUGCUCAACUAAUGCUGCUUUUUUUGCUUCAUCCCCUCAAGGAACCAUUAAAAGUCAGGUUUUGCCCUUUUUUAGCCUCUCGGACUCGGGAUACUUAGCCACAAUCUGAUAACUGGUUGGUUAAGAGACACAUGAAUGUUGUCUCAAAAUAUCCAAAUUUUGUUUUAAUGUGAAAGAAAGUUCACAAACAUCUUAACAAAGUGCUAAUUCACUAGUUUAUCACUUAUCAGGAAACAUUGUUAGCUUAUUGGUAUACAUCACACCACAGUAAGCAUACAUUUAAUUUAUAUUGUUUGGGUAAAGUCAGAGAUGUGUGUAUCUUAAGGCUGCAUUAUUUGUCAUUUUUUUGGCCACUUGGGGGCAGCAGAACUCGCUGUAAACACAGUACUGACAAGCUAGCUAGCGCUGUCUGCUGGCUGCUUUUAAUUAUCUAACCAGCUUUUUUUUUCUGAAAACAAAACGAUGAGCUAGAAGAGGCAAAGAAAGCUCAGAGGAACCGCAGUCUGGUGAUAAUUCUCUGUGGGCGGUGAACAUGACACUCCUUUGUUUGUUUCGAGGGCACGAUAUAGUGGAUAAAUGUACACACUCAGAAUACAUUUUACUGUAUGGAGGGAACAUUUUGUGACACUUUUAACAGUGACGCUAACAUUUUUCACUGGUUAAAAAAUAAAUAUUACUAGAGUUUGGAAUAUCACACAAGCUAGAGUAUCCAGAACCAUUUUAGUAAUGUUUCAUUCUUUGUUCAGCACAUGAAAUGUAGCUUAUGGUUUUAAGUUGAAGUGCCUUAGUAUGUUUUGUUUUUUUUACAGUGAACUAACAGGAUCAGUGACUUCUACAGUGGCUGUACACUACUGUAUCAGUACUAAUGCAAGAUAAACACAUGAUGGUCUGCAACGGCCGACGCUAAAGCGGCUUCAUUCAAACCAGUUUGUCAUUGUUCAUCACCAGGUGCUUUACAGGUUAAGCUACUAGUUCAGAGUUCAAAACUCGACACAAAUACCUCACGUUAACCCCCCUCAGCUAUAAGCUACACCCCGCAGGUUCCUACACAGCUGCUUCAAUGUGAAUCAAAGUUUAGACUGUGGACAGUAAAAAUAACUGUGGGGCUCAUUUGUUCAGAGGACACUGACGGCAAACUGUGAUGAGGCUGUAAAGAUGGUUUCAGACAUGUCAGUGUCCGUUUUUAAAAAGGGAAAUUCCUUCUCAUACUUCACCCAAUAAACAUCAAGUCAGAAGGUAAAGGGAAAUUCCACUUCAAAAUAGAAUUAUUAACAUACUGUAAGUUCCUGCUUCCACCAGAGUCCAUGAAAUCCUUUUAUGAAAUAUUUUUCCCUCCUCAUUGCGGUGGAAUACUAAAAAAAAUUUGUCAAUGUUGGUUUCAGACUAAAUAUCUGAGAAUUAACGUUUUGUGGUGGAAUGUCUCUUUAAUUGUACGGCAGCUGAGCUGUCCUGGGUGUCUUUGCUUUAAGCAUCACUAGUUAGUGAAGAUUUCUGUCAUCUGUUUAAAUUCUUUACACCGAAAUAUCCAAAUAUACUAUCCCAGUAAGGGUUAGAAAAUGUUUUUUUUUUUUCUUUCGUUCUUUUUAAUCUGCUUGGCAGAAGCCUUUCUGAAGGGAAUCGAUUGAUUCCUUUAAGACAACGUGCUGUUUUGAGAUUAUUUUAAAUCAUUUCACUUGCUGCCUUCAUGGUCCUCUCCUGAAGUUGUACUUCUGAGUUCUGAAGCAGUAAAUUGUUGUGAAGUGGAAAAAGUAGUUUUUUAGUGUAAUUUUUAGUCAUUUUAAAGACAAAAUAUGAAAAGUGCUUUUUAAUCCUAAAUUGGCCUCAUACUUGUACAAACAACAGAGCGCCAGAAAAUCUGGUUAUAUCAACUUAAAAUGCAUAGUAACUCAAAGUUAUCAUGAAUUAGAAACUCAAUUAUACCAUUUUUCACUCUUUUUCCAUUUUUUUCUGUUAUCAGACGAAGCCUUUGUUCUUCAGCUGUAUUCACACUGUGUCAGGCUACUCAUGUGCACUUUGCUUCUGACAGCACUGACCUGACGCAGCGUGUCUGCUUUUUAUCAGUUAAAAUGCAGUUUUACUAUCGGCCUUCUGUCCUCUGUUGCCUUGUUGUACUGUUCUCGUCUGAAAGGACGGUUCGUUGGUUCUCCACAGAAACAAAGCAGCAGAUGUUUCAGUUCAGACUGGGUUUGAUACCUGAAAUACCUGUGGAUGCAGCUCCUGGCAUUGACUGUAUCUUAAUCAUGUUUGUCUUUUUCCUGCCAAAUCCAGCUGCCAGUACUGUCUCCUCCUCUGGCAGUGUUUCUGUCCCUCAACACAGACAGAACAGUAAAUAUUAACGACACUGUUUGGAUCGGAGAUGUAUCCACUGUCACUGCGGUUGUUAAUGUGACAGAAUUAGCUGCUUGGGUGCAUGUCGCUCAUGGUUUGAUCUGAUCUGAGAUCUGCUGUCUGAACAAAGAGAAAGUCUGUGGAUCUGGUGUCAUCGUGGUUUCAGUCUGUUCAGGCCUCAGAUGUGAAUGUUGCAGUUGUCUGUCUCCUACCUUUGUCAUUGUGAACACAUGAAAUGCAGUAUGACAUUUGAAGAGUUAUAUUCCAAAAUACUGGUUUUAUUUAGUUGAGAAAAAAAGGACUUUUAUCAUUCAUGCAUUCAACAUAAAAUGCAGACGUUCUAGUCUUGAUGUUCUCCUUUAGUCAACCAAUGACUGGAAGUACUGCUAAAAAAAAAGAAGGAACAUUUGGUUCAAAAUGUUCUUUUAGAUUUUCUUGGUGGUUAGUAUUUCAUUUUGGCAAUAAACUCUUCAAUAAUUCUCUAUGAAAUGAAAAAUAAACCUCAGCAGGAUAUUUGUUGUAUCAGUUUGAAUUGAUUUUUAAUCCCUUCCUGUUCUCUUCUAUUUCAAGAUUUAGUGCCUUUUUUGGACGGUAGACUGUUCUGUAACCGCUAUGUAGAAAAACUACAUAUGCCUUUUGUUACUUUUUCAUCUGUUGGAUAAACCUUAUUCGUUAUUUUUAAGGUGUGUUUUUAUUGAUAUUCUAUUUACAAGGGAAUAAAAGCUGAUCAGAGUCCAUGCA